AUGGAAGAACAAGGGAUAGGCGUUCCUGCAGCCUCUUUGGAAAGAAUCAAACAUAUUAUAUUGAUCCUUUCUGGAAAGGGUGGUGUCGGUAAAAGUUCAGUGACCACACAGACUGCGCUUACUCUUUGUAGCAUGGGUUUCAAGGUUGGAGUUUUAGAUAUCGAUUUGACAGGACCGUCGUUACCUAGAAUGUUUGGCCUAGAGAAUAAAUCCAUCUACCAGGGUCCUAAGGGAUGGCAGCCUGUGAAAGUGGAAACCAAUUCUGCCGGUUCUCUGAGCGUAAUAUCACUAGGGUUUUUGCUAGGCGAUAGAGGCAACAGUGUAAUAUGGAGAGGCCCCAAGAAAACUUCUAUGAUAAAACAAUUCAUAUCUGAUGUAGCCUGGGGCGAAUUGGAUUACCUACUAAUCGAUACCCCUCCAGGCACUUCAGAUGAACAUAUUUCAAUUGCAGAGGAGCUCAGAUAUUCUAAACCAGAUGGUGGUAUUGUAGUAACUACCCCACAGAGUGUUGCGACAGCUGAUGUUAGGAAGGAAAUUAAUUUCUGCAGAAAGGUUGACCUAAAGAUUCUUGGUAUAAUUGAAAACAUGUCUGGAUUUAUAUGCCCACAUUGUGCAGAGUGUACGAAUAUCUUUUCUAGUGGAGGUGGAAAAAAACUAUCAGAACAGUUUUCUGUCCCAUAUCUAGGUAACAUUCCUAUAGAUCCAAAAUUUGUAGAAAUGAUUGAGAAUCAAGCUUCCAGUGAAAAGACACUAGUAGAGAUGUACAAGGAAUCAUCCCUAUGUCCUAUUUUUCAAGAAAUAAUGAAGAAGCUGAGGGAACAAGACAUUAAAACCCGUACUAUGGAGAAACACGAUUAA